AUGGAGCCAGCGGAUCUGGGAAUACUGCGAGGAGGGAGCUUACGAGCUAGUCUAGGAGGGAGCAUGAGAGGGAGCUUAAGAGCAAACAGCAACUCAAUAUGGAGGAGCACUGGGGCAGAAGUUUUCUCCAGAUCCUCUCGCGAUGAGGACGACGAGGAGGCCCUGAAAUGGGCGGCGCUGGAGAAACUCCCCACCUUUGAUCGGCUCCGGAAGGGCUUGAUCUUCGGCCCCGACGGACCCGCCGCCGAAAUCGACAUUAACAACCUCGGAUACCAGGAGAGAAUGGCCUUGCUCGAUAGGCUCGUCAAGGUUGCUGAUGAAGAUAACGAGAAGUUCUUGAGUAAACUCAAGAACAGAAUUGAUCGAGUUGGGAUUGAUAUGCCAACCAUUGAAGUGAGAUACGAGCAUCUAAAUAUAGAGGCAACAGCCUACGUAGGCAGCAGAGCUUUGCCCACGUUUAUCAACGCUUUUACUAAUAUCUUUGAGGAUUUGCUCACUUCCCUUCACAUAACCAAAAGCAAGGCAAGGAAACUCACUAUUCUCAACGACGUGAGUGGAAUCGUCAAACCAUGCAGAAUGACACUGCUCUUGGGACCACCCGGGUCGGGGAAGACGACCCUUCUACUAGCCAUGGCCGGAAAACUUGAUAAAGACCUGAAGGUGAGCGGGAGCGUGACGUACAACGGGCACAAGAUGAACGAGUUUGUGCCGCAAAGAACAGCUUCAUACAUCAGUCAACAUGAUCUUCACAUCGGAGAAAUGACCGUCCGAGAAACCUUGGAGUUCUCUGCUAGGUGCCAGGGCGUCGGAUCCCGUUAUGAAAUGUUGGCGGAGCUGUCACGCCGAGAAAAGGCUGCUAACAUUAAGCCAGAUCCAGAUCUUGAUGUCUUCAUGAAGGCCGCAGCUACAGAAGGGCAAGAAGCAAAUGUGGUCACUGAUUAUAUUCUCAAGAUUUUGGGACUGGACAUAUGUGCAGAUACAAUGGUGGGAGAUCAAAUGCUGAGGGGUAUAUCCGGUGGUCAGAAAAAGCGUGUGACCACCGGCGAAAUGAUCGUGGGGCCGGCAAAGGCACUUUUCAUGGACGAAAUCUCCACCGGACUGGACAGUUCCACCACAUAUUCCAUCGUCAACUCACUCCGGCAAUACGUCCACAUUCUCAAGGGAACCGCCGUCAUUUCCCUCCUCCAACCCGCCCCUGAAACCUACAACCUCUUCGACGACAUCAUCCUUUUAUCAGACGGCUACGUCGUCUACAACGGCCCCCGUGAACUCGUCGUCGACUUCUUCGAAUCCAUGGGGUUCAGGUGCCCGGACAGAAAAGGCGUCGCGGAUUUCUUGCAAGAAGUGACGUCAAAGAAGGACCAACAACAAUACUGGGUGCGAAGAGAUGAGCCGUACAGGUUUAUAACCUCAAAGGAAUUCGCAGAAGCAUACCAGUCUUUCCAUGUCGGGAGAAAAUUAGCAGAGGAGCUAUCAGUCCCGUUUGACAAGACCAAAAGCCACCCCGCCGCUUUAACCAAGGAAAAAUUCGGGAUUGGAAAACGGGAGCUUCUCAAAGUCUGCACUGAGAGAGAGUAUUUGCUGAUGAAGAGAAAUUCCUUCGCUUACUACUUCAAAUUCUUCCAACUCGUCAUCAUAGCUUUGAUCACAAUGACUCUGUUCUUCAGGACUAAGUUGAACAAAGACGAUUUGGUGAACGGAGGACUCUACAGCGGCGCUUUGUUUUUCGGAGUUAUUAUGAUUAUGUUUAAUGGAAUGUCUGAGGUUCCUAUGACAAUUUAUAAGCUGCCAGUGUUUUACAAGCAGAGGGAUCUCCUGUUUUUCCCUUCCUGGGCUUAUGCUCUUCCAUCCUGGAUCCUUAAAAUCCCCAUCACAUUGGUUGAAGUCGGUCUUUGGGUGUUCAUCACUUACUAUGUCAUCGGGUUCGAUCCAAACAUUGGCAGAUUGUUCAAGCAAUACUUGCUGCUCAUCAUGGUGAACCAGAUGGCUUCGGGUUUGUUCCGCUUCAUUUCAUCCGUUGGUCGAACCAUGGGAGUUGCCAUGACAUUCGGGGCCUUCUCGGUGCUUCUCCAGGUCGCAUUGGGUGGAUUUGUCCUCGCACGAAAUGAUGUGAAGAAAUGGUGGAUUUGGAUGUACUGGUCAUCCCCAUUGAUGUAUUCUCAGAAUGCUAUUCUUGUGAAUGAAUUUAAAGGACACAGCUGGGGAAAAGUAUGGAACACCACAACUGGAGAAAUUCUGGGAGAUGCAGUGGUGGAAUCUAGAGGAUACUUCGCGGAAUCGAAAUGGUACUGGAUUGGAUUUGGAGCACUCAUUGGAUUCACAGUUGUUUUCAACAUCAGCUAUGCUUUAGGCCUCCAUUUUCUUAACCCAUAUGGGAAGCCCCAAGCUACUUUACCAGAUGACGAUGAAAAUGAAAACGAUGCUGGGAGGCAAGGCGGAGAAAAUGCCACUUCUGAGAGCGCUGAGCCUAAGCAAAAAGGAAUGGUUCUUCCAUUUGAACCGCAUUCCCUUACCUUUGACAACAUUGUAUACUCCGUCGACAUGCCAGUGGAAAUGAAAGAGCAGGGUGCUACUGAGGAUAGGUUGGUGCUGUUGAAGGGUGUGAGUGGAGCCUUCAGGCCUGGGGUUCUCACAGCUUUGAUGGGUGUUAGUGGGGCUGGAAAAACAACGUUGAUGGACGUGUUGGCAGGGAGGAAAACGGGCGGAUACAUCGACGGGGACAUCAAAAUCUCGGGUUAUCCUAAGAAACAAGACACAUUUGCCAGGAUUUCAGGGUAUUGUGAGCAGAAUGACAUCCACUCUCCUUAUGUCACCGUUCACGAAUCCCUGGUUUACUCGGCCUGGCUUCGUUUGCCUGAUAGCGUCGAUGCCAAAACCAGAAUGAUGUUUGUGAAUGAAGUUAUGGAACUAGUUGAGCUGACACCAUUGAAAUCAGCUCUGGUUGGGCUUCCAGGAGUGAAUGGUCUCUCAACCGAGCAGCGCAAAAGGCUUACGAUUGCUGUCGAGUUGGUGGCAAACCCCUCUAUUAUCUUCAUGGAUGAGCCUACUUCUGGGCUUGAUGCCAGGGCUGCUGCUAUUGUCAUGAGAACUGUCAGGAACACUGUGGACACCGGAAGGACUGUUGUAUGCACCAUCCAUCAGCCUAGCAUUGACAUUUUUGAAGCUUUUGAUGAGUUAUUCUUGAUGAAAAGAGGAGGGCAAGAGAUUUAUGUUGGGCCAUUGGGACGCCAGUCUUGCCACUUGAUCAAGUACUUUGAGUCUAUUAACGGCGUGGCCAAAAUCAAGGAUGGCUACAACCCAGCAACCUGGAUGUUGGAAGUGACCACUUCAUCUCAAGAACUAGCAUUGGGCGUGGAUUUCACCGAUCAUUACAAAAACUCAGACCUUUGCAAGAGAAACAAAUCCUUGAUCACUGAACUAAGCACACCCCGUCCUGGUACCAAGGACUUAUACUUCCCUACCAAAUUCUCACAGAGUUUCUUCAGCCAAUGUCUCGCUUGCUUCUGGAAGCAACGCCUCUCCUACUGGCGCAACCCCGCUUACACCGCCGUCAGAUUCUUCUUCACAACCUUCAUCGCUCUCACUUUCGGCACCAUCUUCUGGAAACUCGGCAAAAAAACUGAAAAGAGACAAGAUCUGAUUAACGCUAUGGGAUCAAUGUACUCUGCUGUUCUGUUCCUGGGAGUGCAAAACUCGGCAUCGGUUCAACCCGUGGUGUCCGUGGAAAGAACUGUGUUUUACAGGGAAAAAGCCGCCGGGAUGUUUUCUGCGUUACCAUAUGCGUUUGCCCAGGUGGCGAUUGAAAUCCCGUAUGUGUUUGCCCAAUCUGCAGUUUAUGGUUUGAUUGUUUAUGCGAUGAUCGGAUUCGAAUGGGACGCCGGGAAAUUCUUCUGGUACUUGUUCGUUAUGUAUAUGACCUUAUUAUACUUCACCUUCUAUGGUAUGAUGUCUGUGGCCAUUACCCCCAACGAAAACGUCGCAUCCAUUGUCUCCGCUUUCUUCUAUGGCAUCUGGAACGUCUUCUCUGGCUUCAUGAUCCCAAGACCUAGGAUGCCUAUCUGGUGGAGAUGGUACUUCUGGGCAUGCCCCGUUUCAUGGACUUUGUACGGUUUGGUUGCCUCGCAAUUCGGAGACCUGGAGACUCCAGUCACUGACGCCAACCAAACUGUGAAGGAGCUGUUGGAUGAUUUCUUGGGGUUCAAACAUAGUUUCCUCGGAGUGGUCGCGGCCGUGUUGGUUGUUUUCCCUGUUAUGUUCGCUGUCACGUUCGCGUACGCCAUCAAGGUGUUGAACUUCCAGAAGAGAUAAAAACUGCAAGUUUGAGCGCACCUCAAUUAUAUAUAGUUGUACUAUGUAUAUGAUACGCCUUCAUCCUUAAGUUUAUUUUUAAUUUGCUCUUUAUGUAAUAUUUUGCUUUGAGAAUUUGCUUUUUUACCAUUCUUUUUUGUCCAAUUAAAUGUGUUGUAAGAAUUUCACUAUCAAUUUAAUAAUAUCUCCCUUUCAAACUA